CUAUGUUUACAGGUUUUUGCAAGCUUCUAGAUUCCUGUUAAUUGUUUGGAUACUUUACAAUCGAGAUUUCCUGUUAUAUAUUAAUUAGUACGGAUAAAUCGUUAAAAUGGGGAAACGACAGCAUCAGAAGGAUAAGAUGUACUUGACGUAUACAGAAUGGACUACAUUGUAUGGUGGUAAAAGUGCAGGGACCUUGGAAACGGAUGAAGAUGUGACGUUUCGUCGUUUACCUUACGAUCAUUGCUGUCUCAGUUUGCAACCAUUCGAGCACCCGUAUUGCGAUUCGGAUGGGAACGUUUUUGAAUUGGAGCCUAUAUUAAAUUACAUCAAACGGUUGAAACACAAUCCUGUUACAGGAAAGCCAUUAGAUGCAAAGAGCUUGAUAAAGUUACAUUUUUUCAAGAAUGCGGACGAUCAAUAUCAUUGUCCGGUGCUCUUCAAAGUAUUCACAAAACACAUGAACAUUGUUGCAAUUAGGACAACUGGAAAUGUCUUUUCUUAUGAAGCGGUAGAACAGUUAAAUAUCAAGGCACAGAAUUGGAAGGAUUUAAUAUCAGAUGACCCGUUCAUCCGUAGCGAUAUUAUCACUAUUCAAGAUCCAACUAAUUCGAAGAAGUUCAAUUUAUCAGGAUUUCAUCAUAUAAAAAAUAAUAUUCGACUGGAUGAUGAAGAAAGUACAAGAGAAGCCAACGAUCCGAAUGCAAAACUUAAAACGGUCUCUAUGGAAACUAAAGAAAUAUUGGCUGAAUUACACAGAACUCAUAAACCACAAGAAGUUAAAGAAGAAGCUCCAAAACCAAAAUUGGACAAAUUUAAUGCAGCUCAUUACUCUACCGGUGCUGUUGCAGCAGGAUUUACAUCGACAGUAAUGCCAACAGAAACGACACAUCAAGCUGCCAUAGUGGCAGAAGACAUAAUUCGCUACCAAUUUGUUAAAAAGAAGGGGUAUGUCAGAUUUAUUACAAACUUUGGAGCCCUGAACUUGGAACUGAACUGUGAUCUUGUUCCAAAGACUUGUGAGAAUUUCAUUAAACAUUGCCAAAAUGGCUACUACAAUGGUACAAAAUUUCACCGAUCAAUUCGUAACUUUAUGAUUCAAGGAGGUGAUCCAACAAAUACCGGUAAUGGAGGAAAGUCCAUUUGGGGGAAGCCAUUCGAAGAUGAAUUCAAACCUAAUUUAAUUCAUCAAGGUCGAGGCGUAUUAUCAAUGGCUAAUUCUGGACCAAAUACUAAUGGAUCUCAAUUUUUUAUCACUUAUCGAUCAUGCCGUCACUUGGAUCGUAAACACACCGUUUUUGGAAAAAUAGUUGGAGGGUUUGAGACAUUGAAUGCUAUAGAAAAAAUUGAAGUUGAUAACAAGGAUAGACCUAUUGAAGAUAUAAUUGUACAAAGAGCGGAAGUAUUUGUCGAUCCUUUUCAAGAAGCGGAUGAACAGUUAGCAACCGAUCGUGCUGCCGAAGCAGAACGGUUAUCCGAAGAAGCUAUUAAAAAGAACUCAAAAAAUAAAAAAUCAGACUCUCUAAAAGUGUACCGUCCCGGCGUUGGGAAAUAUAUUAAUUUAAAUAAAGAAGAGGGAAAACACCAAAAGGACGAGGCAAAUAAUGAUGUUCCAGUUAAAAGGAAAAAGAAUUCUGCAUAUUCGUUUGGAAAUUUCUCAUCCUGGUAAAAGGUUAUAGAUGGCUUGUCAUCUUUUCAGCCAAUUUACUACAUUCCUACUAAACGGGUGAACAUGCAAAAUUUGUUAGAGGAAGCUCAACAUCGGGAAUGAAAAAUGACUCAACUAAAAUAUAACUUGUAAAUAUAUGUUUAAGGAAAAAAUAAAUGUUAGAUAA